AUGAAUUUUAUUAUAUUUUUAUAUAUUAAUUUAUUAUAUUCAUUAAUAUAUUUAAAUUGUACACUAACUAAUGGGAAAUCGGAUAGUAAUACUAACACUAAGGAUAGUACUGAGGAUACUAGUGUUAAGGAGGAGAAUGAGAAUAAAUCAUUAGGAUCAUCAUUAACAAAUGAUUUGGAUAAUUUAUCUGAAAAUGUAAAUGAAGUAGUAGAAGAAAAUGAAGAUUCUAAUGAGAUGGUCACACCUACUGAAGUGGGUGUACCUACUGAAGUGGGUGUACCUACAGAAGUUGGUAUACCUACUGAACUGACCACACCUAAAAUUGUAACACCUGAAAAAGAUUUACAUGAAAAAAUGAAAGAAAAGAAAAUUAAAAAUAAUUAUCAAAUUGAAUUCAAUAAAGAUUUUUUCAACGCUGAGAAAUUGGUAGAAAAACAAUAUAAUAAAUAUAUAAAAGGAACAUAUGAAUCUUUGGAUUUAAUUAAAUUUUCAACUGAAUAUUUAAAACGAUUUUGGUUUACAGGACAAUGCAAGCGUAAUUAUGAUUUAAAAUGUCCUAAAGAUUGGAUAGAAAUUGAAAAUGGUUGUAAAGCUCCUAAUAAUUAUACUGGAGAUUGUAAUAAUAUGAAAGAUUUUAAAAAUAUGUCAAGAGAAGAGAAAGAAGAAUUUUCUUGGAGAUGUCAAGUUGAAUGGCCUUGUAUAAAUGAAAAACCAAUUUAUGAAGGAAUAGAAUGUCCAUUUGAAUGGAUUCCAAUUUCAGAAACAAUUUGUGUAGCACCAAAGACAUAUGAUGGAAUUUGUUCACCAAUUUUAGAUAUUUCCAAUUUCAAUAUAACCAAAAAAGCUUACUACGAAUACAAAUGUAAAGUUAAGUGGAGUAGAAUAAAUUUAACAAAUCAAUUUGAGAGAAUCAAUGGGAUUAGUGGAGAUAAGGGAAAUGAGGGAAUCAAUGGAAUUAUAGAAAAUGGAAUUAUAUAUACUUUAAUAUAA